AUGAUUCUUGGGGUGCCGUCUUUCAUUGUGCGCAGAAUAUUGAAAAAGGGGAUGAUACGGCAGAUGAACGGAAUAAGAGAAAUAUCACUUACGGGAAAGAUAAUCAGAAGGACAAGAAACACCUGCACUCUAUUCGACUCCUUUUCAGGUAUCCAUGCGCAGACAAGCAAUCCAGUCCUGCACUCUGCGAUAGACAAGAGCAUAAACGAAGACUAUCUGGUCCAUUUAACGUGUUCAUUCGAAAGAAUUCCAAGGCCCCGGCUCCUAAUAAGAGCAGUCAGACAAGCUACAUUCACCGAGGAAAUGUACAGAACGAUCGAGUCUAUUGAAUAUUGGAAGAAAAUUCAGUCACAAAAACAACCAAAGUAA